AUGAAUAAUACGGCCGAAAAUGACGGUGCCUUUGUCCCUUCGCUCACCCUGGAACGCAGGCUCGAGAUCCCAGACCAGAAGAAACACCAUCUCGAUUCUCUCCUCCGCUUGCUAGACGCCCUCAUUUUCCUGCAUUUGGGUAUCCUCUAUGUCUGCGAUAAUCUUACGUUUCUCCUCUUCCUGCGCGCGCUGAACCAAGUGGUGCAUGUCCAGCAUCGGCCGCCAGCCAUUACACCUGUUAUCGUCGCAAACCUCAUCUGCGUCGUGACGCAUCUUCUACAGAACAGAUCGGGAGCCAAGCGACUCUAUGGAGGUAUCAUCGUCGACUUUGUUGGAGAAAAUCCAAGAUCGAGAACAUCCAUGCUGAUAUUGGACCUGAUACUCUUUUCCUUGCAACUGGUGAUGCUAGUGGUCGGGCAUGAGAAGCAAGUUGUUUUGGGAGAUGCCCUCGCGCUCGAAGAGCCACAGCCGCAGGAUCUGGAGUCUGAGGAAGCCGGUCGGUUGAGGUCACGUGCUCGGGAGAAUUUAGAUGCACCAGAAGAAGGGAUCGAGCUGCAGAGUCUUUUGCCCGAUGGGUCCACGGGGGAUGGCGCAACGCCUCAGAAACAAAAUGAAUCAACGCAAGAUGAUGAUGUGAUACUGCUGGAUCUGAAGAAGGGAAUCAAGGCCUUACUCAGAAGACCAAUGCUCGUUGCUUCGCCCGCCGCGAUUGAAAAUACUCAAGCUCGUGCAAGUCUUGCUACGUUCUUAAGACUCGCUGCAGCGAGGGCAAGGGCGGGCUGA